AGCUGUCUAGCCUCCCCCUUUCUCUGGUGCCCCCCCGACCGAGGAAGGACUGGUUCUCCUGACCUCGGGCUCGUCUCUCCAUCAUGGGAGAGAUUAAAGUCUCUCCGGACUAUAACUGGUUUAGAAGUACAGUCCCUCUUAAAAAGAUUAUAGUCGAUGAUGAUGACAGUAAAGUUUGGUCCCUCUACGAUGCAGGGCCUCGGAGUAUCAGGUGCCCCCUUAUAUUCCUCCCGCCGGUCAGCGGCACUGCGGAUGUUUUCUUCCAGCAGAUCUUGGCCUUGUCUGGAUGGGGUUACCGAGUCAUUGCCUUGCAGUAUCCAGUUUACUGGGAUAUUUUUGAGUUCUGCGAUGGAUUCAGAAAACUCUUAGAUCACCUGCAGCUGGAUAAAGUUCACCUAUUUGGUGCUUCGUUGGGAGGCUUCCUGGCCCAGAAGUUUGCAGAAUACACUCAUAAAUCACCCAGAGUCCAGUCUCUGAUUCUAUGCAACUCUUUCAGUGACACCUCGAUCUUCAACCAGACAUGGACGGCAAACAGCUUUUGGCUACUGCCUGCCUUUAUGCUGAAGAAAAUUGUACUUGGGAACUUCGCUUCUGGCCCUGUGGAUCCAGAAAUGGCUGACGGAAUCGAUUUCAUGGUUGAUAGGUUGGAAAGCCUAGGCCAAAGCGAUCUCGCUUCAAGACUUACCCUCAAUUGCCAGAAUUCGUAUGUGGAACCUCACAAAAUCAGAGACAUUCCUGUGACUAUCAUGGAUGUCUUUGACCAGAGUGCCCUUUCGACCGAAGCGAAAGAAGAAAUGUAUAAGCUGUACCCCAAUGCCAGGAGGGCCCACCUCAAGACAGGAGGCAACUUCCCUUAUCUCUGCAGAAGUGCCGAGGUCAACCUCUACGUCCAAAUACACUUACUUCAGUUUCACGGUACCAGAUACGCUGCCAUCGAUCCCUCCAUGGUCAGCGCAGAAGAACUCGAAGUCCAGAAAGCCAACCUCCAAGCCAGCAGUGACCAAGAGCAGGCGCCGUAGCUCUCACACUCG